AUGUUCCAACGACAUAACAUUUUGUUGGAGGUUAUUCCAUUUCGACCAUCUUAUCACUCUGGUGAUGAAAUUUAUGAUUUUGUUAUUGAAAUUUUGGAGAAAUGGGAUAUUAACAUAAAUAAUAUUCAGGUCUUUGUCCACGACAAUGCUGCAAACAUGGGGAAACCUUUUCAUCAUCGAAGUUUUAAAUCUGUUUCAUGUACUUCUCACACAUUGCAAUUGGCAAUUAAUGAUGUACUUAUAAUGGAAAAACAACAUGAAGAACUGUGUAAGAAAGUUAGAUCAGUGGUUAGUUAA